UCAAUUGCCCCGGCGCAGCCUGCGUCUUUUCGUAUUUACUUGUUUUUGUCAGCAUAGUGCAUCAGACAUCAGUGAAAUCAUUUUCAAAGCGAGCUGGACCAUUUUUUAUCAAGACUUAGCAAUGAAUUUUCUUCCCGAUUUUACAAAGGAGACGUGGGCUCUACUUGUUAUUCUCUUAACGCUGACUCUUCUGUAUGGGUAUGCACCUUAUGGAGUCUUCAAAAAACUAGGAAUCCCUGGACCAAAACCUCUUCCAUUCAUCGGAACAUUUCUAGAAUACAGAAAGGGCCUCAUUGAAUUUGACACAGAAUGCUAUGAAAAAUAUGGAAAAAUCUGGGGGUUUUACGAUGGAAGACAGCCAGUAUUGGGCAUUAUGGACACCGGAAUGAUCAAAACCAUUCUGAUCAAGGAAUGCUAUUCAGUUUUCACCAAUAGAAGAAACCUGGGCCUGAAUGGCGCUCUCUACGAUGCGGUUUCUAUUGUUGAAGACGAAGAGUGGAAGAGAAUUCGCAGUGUUUUGUCCCCCUCAUUUACCAGUGGCCGACUGAAGGAGAUGUUUACCAUAAUGACACAACAUUCAAAUAAUUUAAUCAGGAGUCUACAGAAGAAAGUCAUCAAUGAUGAAUCUGUGGAUGUCAAAGAGUUCUUUGGUUCAUACAGUAUGGACAUUGUCACCAGUACGGCGUUCAGUGUCGACAUCGACUCUCUCAACAACCCUGCUGACCCCUUUGUUGCCAACAUUAAGAAAAUGGUCAAGUUCGAUAUGCUAAAUCCUUUACUACUUCUUGUGGUUCUCUUCCCUUUCCUCACUCCACUGAUGGAAAAACUUGGAAUGUCCUUGUUCCCCACAUCGUCACAAGAUUUCUUCCUUGACUCACUUCGGAAAAUCAAGGGAGAUCGGGAAAAGAACGUUCACAAAAGUCGGGUAGACUUCCUGCAGUUAAUGGUGGACUCUCAGAUUCCAGAGCAAAGCGCUACUUCAACUGAAGACAAGUCAGAGAAAGGGCUGACUGACCAUGAGAUCUUGUCUCAGGCACUGAUAUUCAUCUUUGCUGGUUAUGAGACUAGCAGCAGCUCCCUCUCAUUCCUUGCCUAUCUGAUGGCGAUGAACCCUGUUGUCAUGAAGAAACUACAAGAUGAGAUUGACGAAGUCUUUCCCAACAAGGCCCCAAUCAAGUACGAAGGACUGAUGCAGAUGGAAUACCUUGACAUGGUGAUUAAUGAGUCCAUGAGGAUGUUCCCUAUUGGUUUGCGUAUCGAGAGGGUGUGCAAGAAAAGCGUGGAGAUCAAUGGGAUGACCAUUCCAAAAGGGAUGGUCAUUGCCAUCCCUGCCUACAUCCUGCAACACGACCCCACACUGUGGCCCGAACCUGAGGCUUUCAAGCCAGAGAGAUUUAGCAAGGACAACAAAGAGAGCAUUGACCCAUAUGCCUACCUACCCUUUGGAGCUGGUCCUCGAAAUUGUAUUGGAAUGAGAUUUGCCAUAAUCAUAAUGAAGCUGGCCUUGCUUCAGAUACUUCAGAACUUCAACUUUGCAGUCUGCGAGGACACUCCGAUACCGCUUGACCUGGAUGCUUCUGGAUUUCUUCAACCAAAAAAACCUAUCAAGCUGAAGCUUGUCCCGCGCAUUACAGCAAAUGAAGAAUAAACAGGAAGGGUUUGCCUCAAUCAGCCCAGCUUUAUUAACAAACAUGUUUGCACAAUAAAGAAACCAUUUUGGAGUUAUACCUUCUAUUCUAGUCUUUCUAUAGGACUUUGCUGAUGGUAAUUAUUUUCAUCCUUGUCAAUGAUUCAAAUCACGACACAUUUUGGUAGUAUUCCACAUGCUUACAUCUUUUAUAGUUUUCUGAAGUUAAUUAUAUUAAGCUGAUGUAUCUCUUGGGAAAUUGCAUGUUUAAAGGCUAAAUACAAUGUGUAUACUGUAGUCGAGUGUGUGAUAGUCUCUGCCAGUCCUAAGCACUGACAACUUGCUUAAUGGUAGAACAGCAUUGCUGUUAUUGUGACCAAAGCGUACUGUAAUACAUGGGAACACAUAGAAUAUAGAGCAAUUCUGUUACAGUGGGGCUUCUUAACAAGUUUUUUCUUGUGAAUUUGUCACUGUGUCACUCACAUAAUACUGCUAACCUAUAUGUAGGCUGUAAUGCUGCACCUAUGUGAAAAUCUAUUUACUAGUGUAAAUUACAUUAAUGAUGAAAUUGAUUGAAAUUCAAAUCGAUUCAGCUUGUUAAAUGCCAUCAAUGUUAACUUUUGAAAGGAAGCUGUAUUUUAUCUUUGCUUGCAAUACUCCUUAUUUGUGAUAUGUUUUCUUGGAGUAUACAAGCACAAUAAUCUUUUAUUAAAUUACUCAUCAUGUUUU